AGCUAGGCCCCUUCCUCCUCCAGUGCCUAUCUAACUGUGUUUGAUGCUUGGGGCUAGAAAGACUGACCUUGUAGCCCCUCACCUUCUCUCCCCAAUGCACUGGGCUGGUUCAGCAGUUGACCAAUGAGGGUCAUGCUUGCAUACCGGCCUUGGGCGAGUGGCCCAGGAACUGUUUGCAAGACUGUGUUGAAACUACUUGUAACUAGACCAUCUUCCCAGCUUGAUCAUGAGCUUGUUCAAAGCAUCUCUGCUCAGUCUCCACUGUAGCUCUGUGGGGAUGCUAACCCUGGCUUCCGAGGAUCUGAAGAGGAAGCUGCGGCUGUGACUGUCCCUUUUCGGUCUGUCUUCAUCCUGCCUGGCUCAGGGGGCUCCUGUCCUCCUGCAUAGCUUGCGGUGGUGAGGUGAUGGCAGCCAUGGACACAGGCCAGAGAGCUGACCCAAGCAAUCCUGGUGACAAGGAAGGGGACCUUCAAGGGCUGUGGCAGGAACUCUACCAGCUCCAGGCUAAGCAGAAGAAGCUCAAGAGAGAAGUCGAGAAGCACAAGCUUUUUGAAGACUAUCUGAUUAAGGUCCUUGAGAAAAUCCCCGAGGGCUGCACGGGCUGGGAGGAGCCGGAGGAGGUGCUGGUGGAGGCCAUGGUGAAGCACUACGGGAAGCUCUUCACAGCCAGCCAGGACACGCAGAAGCGCCUCGAGGCCUUCUCCCAGAUGAGCCAGGCCGUCCACCGGAGCCUGGAGUCUCUAGAGGAGGACCACAGGGCUCUCAUGUUGAGCCUCAAGAUCCGGCUGUGUCAGCUGCAGAAGAAGUGUUACCGCAAGCAGGAGCAGUGGUGGCAGCUGAAGCAUAGCAUCACUUACCAGAAGGACAUUGAUUUUAACACACACACACACACCAGCAGCAGCUAUAAUGAUCAGCUGCUCGGCUACAUGCAAAUGACCAUCACCAACAUGGCCCGGCAGUGCUGCCCCUCUGCCCACGGCGUGCCCAAGAGCAUGGAUCUCUUCUCCAAGCUCGAUCUGAUUAAGGAGUUCAUGUUGGACAAAAUGGAGACUGUAAGACUGAUCGCACUGCUCACGGAACCCAAAGUGUGCUGGUCGUGGGACAGCUUCAGGGACCAGUGGCUCAGAAGACACCCCAAACCCUUCAGGAAAUGUCCAAGGAGGCGGGUUUCCACCCCCAGGACCCCCUUUCCCAGCCCCCAUGCUUCAGAGUGCUCCAGCCUGUACUGACCAGCCUGCGCCUUGCGGGCCCCGCGGCAUCACGACCUCUCCUUACCUGCCUGCCUCCUUUUCUUGCCACCAACACCUCUAAGCCAGUGGGAGAGAGUCUGGGGGCAUUGAGGGGGUGGUCAGGGUCCUGGGCUCAGCUGGGGUUGGGAGUGCUGCUCCCCGUCCUGGGGGAUUGGCAGGGACCCAGGUAAGGCCUGCCUGGGAUCGGGGAGAGAGAGGCAGGUUCCCGAGUUGGGGGCAGCAGCCAGGCUGGAAGAUCCUGGGCUGAAGACUCCCCACCUGGGAGCCAGGGCUUUGUCUCUCACUUUCAUGGUGGGUUCCUGAGACUGAGGAGCUUUGGACGGAUGCUUGGCUGUUGGGAAUGUCCCAGUCACAGGACACUGUAAAGAGCCACCAGGGCCAUGGGAUCCAUGAGAUUUCACCUUGCCCACAGCAGUCUGCAGAGCUAAUGGGGGUGCUGAAUGUGUAGGGGGCAUCUCAUCACUGGCUUCCAGAAGUUGAGUAUCAGGUUGGUACCUUCUGCCCAUCCUGCAGGUGUCUGAGCUGCCUGGAAUGGUUGGUACUCUCAGGGAGACCUUGGCAAAACAAGGCCCCUCUCUGGGCUGGUUUUUCUACCUGUAAAAUUGGGAGAGAGUGCCGGACACGGUGGCUCACACCUAUAAUCCCAAGCACCUUGGGAGGCAGAGGCAGGAAGAUCACUUGAGCCCAGGAGUUCAAGACCAGCUUGGGCAACACAGGGAGAUCCUGUCUCUAUAAAAAAUAAAACAAUUAGCCAGG